AUGUCGUUCAAAUUUCUAGAGCUAUUUCAAGGAGUAAUCCAGUUUAGAGGGAACUUUAUUGAAAUCGUAGAAAAUGAAGAUCUUCAAGAACUCUCUAAAGAUUAUUCAAUUUCUUUUUGGAUCAAUAUACAUAAAAUCUUAAAAGGCCGCCAAGUCACAGUUUAUCAUAAAGGAGAUAACGGAACAUCUCAACCUACAAUUUCUCUUCAUGAAAGAGAUCUUCUAAUCAGUUUUGACACAGUUCGUGGUGGUAAUGAGCGUUUAUUUGCAACUGUUGAAAUUCCACUCAAAGCUUGAACUCAUAUAGCAUUCACUAUUUUCCACAAACAAUAUACUGAAGCUUCCCUUUAUAUCAAUGGAAGACUUGAUACAUCGAUUUCCUUAAACAUUGACAUUGCUCACAAUACUGGGAAUUGCUAUGUUGGAAAAGACCCUUGAAAUCAUGGAUUUAUUGGUGAAAUAGGGGAACCUCUUUUAUUUUUCACUACUUUGUCGCCUGAUGAUAUUUGGAGAAUGUAUCAGCAAAGCAUUGAAAACUGAAAUCAAUCCCAGUGCUUUAGGAGUUCACAAUUUUUUUAUGAGAGAAAAUCAAGAGCAAGCACGCCUGGAAAAUGAUUCAGAGAUAAUGAAAGUUCUAGAAUAUAUGAAGAAGGAGAAAGCAUAAGGACUUGUGACUCAUCAAUGAUGGCUUUGUCAAAAUAUGAAAAAUUAGAGGAAUUUUUUCAAAAGAAUCCCACAAUUUACCGAAAAGUAUCAGAAAUUGCAAACAGCCAGAACUGAUUGACUGUGAUUUUUAACAUCCUGAAUAUAGCUGCACCUCAAAACGGAAAGAGUGCACAAAAUAAAAUUGAAGCUGAUAGGAAAAUCCCUCCUACUGUAAAUUUGAAUAUUAAUUUCACCAAAAAAGAACUUAUUGCUCUAGCCAAAGUGUUAAGAUCUCCGCCUUAUGAAAAAUCGCCUAUAAAAAAAUCGCAUUAA